CGAUUCCAGUGACCACAAUGACGAUGACGAUGAUGCCCCAAGUGUGAUUUUUGGUUCCUCAUCGAAUCAAUCCUUUGAGCACUCACUCCAUCGCCGAACGCACCUCGUAUUGUCACCGCAUCACUCCCUCCCUCCCUUGUUCUGUUCAGUCCCGCUUGUUUGCGCGAUUUUCCUUCUCGUGGGUUCUAUUUCGUCUCUGCUGCUGAUGCUGCUACGAGAAAUUUUCAUGUGGGGAGAGGAUCGUGCUGUGUGAGCGCAUGUGUGUCCACAUGGUGAGGUAGUGAAUUGUGCGUUCAAGCCGGCGGGUAUUGAAGAGCCGCAGGUCAACAUUCAUGCUUCUGGCUCUCGUACUCGAAGUGUAAGAUGGAAUAUCUUGAGAACAUUAAGCAUAAGGUGGGGCUUGGAAGUGUGGACUAUGACAACGUCAAGAAGCAGGCUUCUUUCUUCUUGAGGGAUAAAAUCAAUUCUGCUCGACUACUUUUAACUGACGUUACAAACUCUCAGUUGUUGGCCGAAGAAGCCACUAACGAUGAUGAAUGGGGUCCUGCAACAAAGACAAUGGCUGCCAUUGCUGAUUCCUGCCGCCGAUCGGAUGAGUAUCCUCGUAUUGUACAGGUUCUUCAUCAGAGGUUGGCAUUGGUAGGAAAGCAGUACUGGAGGCAGUUUCUGAAAACGCUCACUGUCGUAGAGUUUCUACUUUUCCACGGUCCGGAAAAAAUAGUCAUGGAAUUCAGCUCUGACAGAGACCUGAUUGAGGAUUUAACACGCUUCAGCUAUGUUAGUGAACGAGGGGUUGAUCAUGGACUAGUUGUGCGGAAAAAAGCCAAGCAGGUAAUGAAGCUGCUGUCAGAGGACGAAUAUUUGAAGGAGGAACGUGAACGAGCUCAGAAGCUUACAAAGAGCAUUUUUGGAUCAGGUAGUUAUCAAUCAAGUGGUUCUGGAUCUGGUGCUUCACGCUACAGUGGAUUCGGGAAUACUUCAUCCUCAGCUUCAGAGGGUCUCAUGUUGGAUUCGGACACCGACGACUACCACGUGGGGAAAAAAUUCACUGAAUUCGAAGAAAGAAUCUUAUCUGAAAAGCGCGGCAAUAGGCAAGAAAAAUCGAGAAAUGAAUUUCGUGGGAAUUCAACUAGUGACUGGAAAGCAUUCGAGGAUGACGCUGCUACCUUUUCUCCUAAGCAGAAUUCAAAUGACUCAAAUUGGGCAGAUUUCUCUAGUCUAAGCCCAGGGAUGAGUCCAAAAUUGAACGGUUCGUCCUCAUUUACUGGUAAAGAUGAUUUGUUUGACGAGGAAAACCCAUCAAAUCCUCUUCAGACCUCUACCUCUAGCAUUCCCAAAACCAGUGUGCAGAGUCCACUGGUCAAGGUUCCUGGUAAAGAAUCCAAGAAGGAUCCAUCUACGACGAGUGGACCUCGGCGAACUGUAAGCAAGGUAAAGAUGAGCGAUUUCGCACCAACCACAUCUUCAUCUGGCGAGUUCAAGUUACCUCCUCCCCCACCUCCACCAGGCGGCUCCCAUGCCAUACUUUCUAAGUCAAAGCCUCUGCCACCAGCCCAACCAGUUGUUGAUUUGCUGAACUUUGACUCUGAAACUACUGGUUCUGCAACUGGAUCUGCAUCUCCCAAUGACGAUGCCCUUCUUAGCUUCGAGAACCCCUCUAAUGUGUCUAAAUCAGAACAAUCAAUUAUAGAUCUUCUGACAAUUUCGACAACUUCGACAAGGCUGACCGACUUCGACUCUUUGAGCACUCCUGUAAGUGCUGACAAGACUUCCGUUGCCAUAAGCCCAGGGCUGACACAAUUAGCCCCAGACCUUUUUGACCUCGGCAGCAAUUCUACUCAGAAUGAUUCCGAUGCUUUUGCAUUUCUUAGAAAUCAACUAUCUGCCCAUCAAACGGGCGUUGUCAAGAAUGGAGGCUCCCAAGGUAGCAUCCCGGAUUUCAUGAAUUUGAACAAAGAGGUGACCUCUAGUGCCUCUGUACCAGAUCUUUUCGGCACAGUUACUCAAGAGCCUCAUUUGUCUAGCAACUUUGAUGUGUUUGGAGAGCAGGUGCUCCAUGUCAAAGCUCCCAGCUCAUCUGUAAGUUUUUCAGGUUUCGAGGAUCAGACCUUGAGUGAGCCAAGCAGUACAGGUGCUACAUGCUUUCCAGAUGCUGUUCCUAAUUUGUUCGAUCCAAUUAUCCCCGACUUUGCAUCAUUCGGUGUUCGUGACACCAUCGAGAAGUCUGCUGCGAAGCCAUCUGAUGAUUUUUUCAACCUACUUUCGUAGCCACUUUUGUAGAUUGUAAUAUUCAUGGUCUGGUAGGAUCAGAUCAUAUUCACUAACACUCACAUAUUCCGACUUAAAGAAUAUGCCUACUAGAGUAUCUGGAAGUCGUGAGGGCGUACAAUCUUUGUGUUGUGGACGUUGAUUGCAAUUUUAACUCUCCAAUCCUCAGCUUUGACGUACAGUUUGAGCUUGGUUGACCACUUCAAGUAAUUGGGUUACUGACAA